AUGGCCUGUGGCCUAGGGCCGCAGGUCGAGGGCCGAGGGCUCAGGGCUCAGUGGCCUGAGGCCCAGGGCCGAGGGUCGAGGGCUCAGGUCGUGGGCCGAGUGGCCGAGGGCUUCAGGCUCUGUGGCCGAGGGCCGAGGGCUCGAGGGCUCAUGGCUCGAGUGGCCGAGGGCUCAGUGGCUUCAGUGGCUCCAGGGCUCGAGGGCUCAGGGGUCGAGGGCUUCAGGUCGAGGGCCUGGUGGCUCGAGGGCUCAGGGGCUCAGUGGCCUAGGCUCAGGGUCGAGGGUCGAGGGCCGAGGUCGAGGGCUCAGGGCUUGUGGCCGAGUGGCUUCAGGGUCUGUGGCUCGAGGUCGAGGCUUCGAGGCUCAGGUGGCUCAGGUCGAGGGCCGAGGGCUCGAGGGCCGAGGGCCGAGGGCUCGAGGGCUCAGGGCUCUAGGUCGAGGGUCGAGGGCCGAGGCUUGAGUGGCCGAGGUCGAGGGCCGAGGGCUCAGGGCUCAGGGCCGAGGCUCGAGGGUCGAGGCUCAGGGCUGGGGGCCAGGUCGAGGGCUCGAGGGUCGAGGGCUCAGGGGCUCGAGGGCCGAGGGCUCGGUGGCCUAGGGCCUGUGGCUCAGGGCCGAGCCAGGGUCGAGGGCCGAGGGCCGAGGGUCAGGGCUUGUGGCCGAGGGCCGAGGCUCAGGGUCGAGGGCUCAGUGGCCUCGGGCUCGAGGGCCCAGGGCCGAGGGCCUCAGGCCUCAGGCUCAGGUCGAGGCUUCAGGCUUCAGUGGCCUCAGGGCCCAGGCUCAGGGGCCGAGGCUCGAGGGCCGAGGGCCGAGGGCCGAGGGCUUCAGGGUUUGUGGCCGCAGGGCCGAGGGCUUCAGGUCGAGGGCUAG